AGCAACAAACCCCUUUCUCGCCCCCACAUCAUCUUCCUCCUCCUCCUCCCCAUGACGGCGACAUGUCCUCCGAUCCAACCGCAAAAGCCGAGCGCCUCGCGUGCGGUUCCUUCCCACCCCAUGCUCCCACAGCAGCUCCACCAUCGCUAGCUCGGGGACGAGCACAAGCGUCAACACCGCAAUGGCGGCACCCCCUCUCCUCCUGCUCGCGGCCCUCCUGCUGCUGCUCCCGGCCGCCGCGCGGUCCGCGCCCGCCCGCGUCUUCUCCGUCGCGGACUACGGCGCGGCGGGCGACGGGUCGCGCUACGACACGGCGGCCAUCCAGGCGGCCGUCGACGCCUGCGCGGCGGCGGGGGGCGGCCGCGUGCUCCUCCCGGCGCCCGGGGACUACCUGACGGCGACCGUGCGCCUCCGCUCGCGCGUGGUGCUCGAGGUAGCCCCCGGCGCGCGGCUGCUGGGCGGGACCCGGCAGCGGGACUACCCGCCCGAGUUCCGCCGCUGGUACGUCGUGCUGGCCGAGAACACCACCGGCGCGGGCGUCACCGGCGGCGGCGAGAUCAACGGCCAGGGCGGCGCCUUCGUGGUCACGCCCAGCGCGCAGAAGAACGUCAUGGUCAGCUGGAACGCCACGGGGGACUGCCUGGGCGACGAGUGCCGCCCGCGGCUCCUCGGCUUCAUCGACUCCAAGGACGUCGCGGUCCAUGACAUCACCCUCAACCAGCCGGCCCUGUGGUGCCUGCAUCUUGUCAGGUGUGACAACUCGGUGAUCCGCAAUGUCUCUAUAUACGGGGAUUUCGACACUCCUAACAAUGACGGGAUUGACAUCGAAGAUUCAAACAACACGGUCAUCACCGAUUGCCACAUAGACACCGGAGAUGAUGCGAUCUGCCCAAAGUCUAGCACAGGGCCUGUUUACAACUUGACAGCAACAAAUUGCUGGAUCCGUACUAAAUCGUGCGCUAUCAAAUUUGGAAGUGCAAGCUUUUUCAACUUUGAGAAGCUGCUCUUUGACAACAUUACUAUAGUUGAUUCGCAUCGAGGACUUGGAAUGCAGAUCCGUGAUGGAGGGAAUGUUAGUGAUGUGACAUUUUCAAACAUCAAAAUGAGGACUAGGUACUACCAUCCUUCAUGGUGGGGGAGAGCUGAACCGAUCUACAUCACUACCUGUCCAAGGCACCCUGAUUCCAAAGAAGGCACCAUUUCAGAUGUUCGUUUCAUCAACAUCUCAUCAGUAUCAGAAAACGGUGUUUUCCUGGCUGGAUCGAAGCACGGAUUGCUUCGCAACUUGAAGUUCAAGAAUGUUGAGCUGACCUACAAGAGGUGGACAAACUACACUGGGGGCCUGUAUGACUACAGACCUGGAUGCCGGAAGAUGGUGAAGCACAAGACUGGCGGUAUGAUGCUGGAGCACAUCUCAGGCCUGGAGGUUGACAAUGUCAGCAUGAGAUGGUGGAGAGGAAGCCUGGAAGGGUGGGAUGUUAACCCGCUCCUCUUCCGGCCAUCCACUAUUGACGGGCUGUCGUUCCACGAUUGGCAAUCGCUGGAUGUUCAAUAGCGGACCAGCUGAAUCUCACCCUUAUGUCGAUAUGUAUCAUGUAUCCACGAUGAAUAAGCCACGAUUCUUUGUGUGCUAUCUUUGAAUAAAAGAUCCCAAUUCAAAACAGCACACUUUGUUGAUUUCUGCAUACAUGGGGUAUUCUUUUGGGAAGAGUAUAAAUAAACGAUCCAAUCCCAAACAGCA